UCAAGGCUGAACACGUCAGGUGUCUCGUCUGGGAACUGUAAUUGUUGACAAAUCUUACUCAGGAAGUUACUCUCUGCUAUUUUGAUCACUACCCUUCUUUCGCUGCCCCCAUUACUUUCUUUCUGCUCCAUUACUUACAGGUUUGCAGCUCCUGGCAGAAGCUUGUAAAUAUUUUGCCUGCAAUGAUUUCCACAAACUCCAUACAUUUAAGUAGUGAUAGUGAAACUGAAGAUGCCACUGGAAAGAAUGUAGUAAAGAGGCCACAUUCCUGUUUAGAGACUGUUGUAAGAAAUUGCCUUAAUAGUAGGAAGAAGGCUUGCCAAAAGUUCAGAAGGCAUCCUGCAAGAUAUGAACUCGAAGAUGAAAUCUGCACAAAUUUAUUAAGCUCAGCAGAAAAUAAUGUGUGUUACACAAAUCAAGGAAGUGCUCAAGUUGCUGAAACAAGACCCUGUCAACUGUCUUCUUCAUGGGCAGCACCUAUUUGUCGGCAGUUUUGGAAAGCUGGAAACUAUGGCAACGAACAACGAGCUAAAACUACAAUGAAAAAUGGGAAUAGUCGAAUGCACAUACAUCCAGAGUUCCUUCACUCCAACGCUACCUCACAUAAGUGGAUCUUUGGUGCAAUAGCAGAGCUACUUGACAACGCAGUUGAUGAGAUACACAAUGGGGCUACAUUUGUGAUGAUAGACAAAACUACUAAUCCCCGGGAUGGAAGUCCUGCGUUACUUAUUCAAGAUGAUGGUGGUGGAAUGCACCCCGAAGCUAUUCGUCAUUGCAUGAGCUUUGGAUUUUCAGAUAAGAAGAAGAUUAAAAACGCAAUUGGGCAGUACGGAAAUGGCUUUAAGACGAGCUCUAUGAGACUUGGUUCAGACGUUAUUGUCUUCACUCGACACUCUAGUGCGAGGGGACUAUGUCAGAGCAUUGGACUUCUCUCUUAUACAUUUUUAAGACAGGCAGGUCAUGACAGAAUUGUAGUCCCACUGGUAGAUUUUGAGUACGAAGAAUCAAUAAGGAGUAUGGUUCCCGUGUAUUUUAAUGGCGAAGAGCACUUUAUAUCUAAUUUGUCUGUUUUGUUGCAGUGGUCCCCCUACUCCACUAAAGACUUACUUCUUGAGCAAGUGCGCUUCUUACGUCUUCUCAGAUUUGAUGAUAUAGGGCAGCAUGGGACCAAAAUUGUUAUUUAUAAUCUCUGGCUUAAUGAUACAGAGGACAUGGAACUGGAUUUUGACUCUGAUGCAGAGGAUAUCCGUAUUAAUGCUGAUGCAGAAGUCAUUCAGACAGGCCUGAACCCAAAACCAAUUCAAGACCAGCAUAUCACAAACCUUUACCGAUAUUCUCUCCGUGUAUAUGUAUCCAUCUUGUACCUCCGUCUACCACAAAGCUUUAAAAUUGUUUUAAGAGGAAAAGAAAUAGAGCGUCAUAAUCUUGCGAAUGAUCUCAUAUUUCCUGAAUUCAUACUAUAUAAGCCUCAAAUCGGUAGCAAUUCAGAGGCUGCUGUUAUUACUACAAUAGGUUUCUUAAAAGAUACUCGCCAAGUUAAUGUCCAUGGAUUCAGUGUUUACCACUGGAAUCGCCUUAUACUGCCAUUCUGGCCAGUAGUCAACUAUAGAACAAACAAUACCGCAAGAGGAAUUGUUGGUGUUCUGGAAGCAAAUUUUAUUCAGCCAACUCACAAUAAGCAAGAUUUUGAGAAGACUUCGCUUUUCCAAAGGCUUGAACAUCGGUUGAAGGAAAUGACACUGGAGUACUGGGAGAUUCACUGUGGACUCAUUGGUUACCAGCAUAAGAAGAAGUCCCGCACCAGGAGACUACCUUUAGGGUCUGACAAUCAUGUUCUGCUACCAGUGCCAAUGAAUCCUACUACAUCCGUGAUUUACAACUCAAGAGGUGAUCGACCAAAUUCUUCUGCAGUUGAAUCUACCGAUGAUCCUAAUCUGAAUCAUGUCACGGUAACCUAUAUACAAGGGAAGGAAAACAAUUCGAAGAUGGUAUCCAAAGCUGAACCUAGAAAGUAUGAAACAUCAAGGUCUUAUGAAGCUGAUUCCCCGGACAAUGAAGCUAGGCAGCCAACGGCUGAACUUCUUGGGACAUCGCAAUUGAUCCUGGCUUUCACGGUGCAGCCUUCCAGUGACUAUGACAUUCAAGUGCAAAAUGAAGAGGAAAAUUUGCGGGAAGAAAACCGAAAGCUCAAAUCACGUUUACUUGACCUGAUGACAAGGGAGGAUGCUCUUAAUAUAAAGGCAAAAGAACUAAGAGACGAACUUGCUAAGCUUCAGCAGGAGUACCGGAGGCUGCUUGAAGAAUCAGUAUCAGUCUUUUUAGAUGAAUAAAGUGAAUAUAUAAUAACAAGUACAUAGAUAAGUAUAUGAUAGGUUUCUCAACUCUGUUUAUAUGGUCUUUGGAACCCUCAGUUUGAGCAGGAAUUACAGUCGUAGAUUUUCACACAGAAGUCUAGUUAAUGUAGUAGAACAAACUGAAACUGUAUUUAACAACAGAGAUAAGAUUUGCUAGUUGACGUGUUGAUUGUUAAGUUUCCAUACCAACUUUUGUUACAAUAUAAGUUUGAUGCGUGC